AUCCCCCUUUACUUUCCCCAAUUCAGAUUAUCCCUGAGCGUCUGGUUCCUCAAACUUUGAAUCUCCAAAUCCCCUAAAAUUUCCCCCAAUUCGAUAUCCUCAAAUCGGUUUCCCAAAAUCCCCAAAUCAAAAUACCUUUGAUUUUCGCCGAAGUUCUGAUAAACUUGAAUGAAGAAUAGAUGGCAAAAUCGUUGAAGCCAGCGUCCUCCGAUGAAGAACUGUACAAUGCUUCGAGUUCAUCGAAGAGGAGCGAAUGAACACUCAUGUCAACGGUGAAGAAGACGAUGAGGAGGAGAUUGAAGCUGUUGCUCAUUCUGCCGACGCCUCCGACAAAGAUGAUGACGCCGUCCAUGAAGAAAACGCCGAUGAUGCUGAUGAUAGCUGUAAACAUGAGAAUUGGAAUGUAGUCGCUAAGUACUUAACGGAAAAUCUUCCCCUUUUGCUCACUUCCAAGAAUCUAAAAGAUGUUAAUGAUGUAUUAUGUAUGGUAUUUAGAUCAACACCUUCUAGUUUGAGGGAUUUCAUCAAGUGGAUUACAGAGAUUCGGAGACAAGAUGAUGGCAGUACCAUUUUAAGUAAAGAGGAGAAAGGAAGGGUUGCACUCAAGGUAUGAUGGGCAUAUUUGUUUAUCUUUCAGUAAACUACCAUUUAUCUUUUUAGUUAAUUCCUUCUUUAUGAGUUACAUCUGCAGACUGUCUCCCAACUUUGCUCCAAGAGGAGGUAAUGUCUGGUCUCUUAUAUAUAUUUUUCUUUGUUUUUUGUAUCAAAUUCUUCGUUCCUUUUAGGAAUUGACUUUAUGAGUUUUUCUUAAACACCAAUUUCCAGACUCUUCUGAAUAUCAUCCCCAUUUUAGACAAUUACUGUAGCCACUUAAAGCUUUUCACAUAUCCUAACAAAUAGUCCAUAGGCUUUUGGCUAAGAAUUCAAUAAUCUUUCAUGGUCUUGCCUGUUUGAUACUUGUUAUUCAGUUAUGAUAUAUAUUUUUUCAUUAGAAGUAAAAAGUUUAUCUCAGGAUGUUUGCUUGACAGGAUCUCAAUAUCUCUCCCUCAUCUUCUUGAUUUUUUCUUCUUAGAGAAUCUUGUUGAAGAACAAUACUGGACAAACUUCUGUAUUGGAUUCAUUAUGAAAAUCAUUUGUGUCAUUUACUACUAAUAUUUAUACAUCAACCACAUUUACAGGUCAGUUUCCUGUUUCUUUGUCAUGGAUGGAUGUAUUUACAGGACUGAGCAAUCCCUCCCAUACACAAUUUAGCAAUUUUGGAAGCUCUCAUUCUUCUAAUUCAGCUCAGCAUCAGUCAGUCUCUGUGAAUGAGCAGUUGGAAGAGAAGUGGUAUGCUAGUCCAGAGGAAAUCAAUGAAGGUGUUUGCACAAUUUUAUCUAAUAUAUACAGUUUGGGUGUGCUGCUUUUUGAGUUGCUUUGUCAAUUUGAAUCUGAGAGAGCACAUGCUGCUGCAAUGUUGGAUCUAUGCCAUAGGAUUUUUCCUCUAACUUUUCUAUCAGAAAAUCUCAAGGAAGCUGGAUUUUGUCUUAGACUACUUCACCCAGAACCUUCUUUGCGCCCAACAACCAGGGAUAUCCUACAAUCCAAAGUACUUAAUAGAUUCCAAGAAGUAUUUGCAGAAGAACUGUCGUCAUCCAUUAACCGAGAUGAUACUGAAUCAGAAUUAUUAUUGCAUUUCCGAGAUGAUACUGUCGUCAUCUCAUUUGCUAGAUCUGUUGAUGAUGGUCGUGAUGCUCAAGCUAUGCGUCUAAAGGAAUUCUUCGCCGAUCCUUCUCAUUUUCCUGUUGAUCAGAUCUCUCGCCACAAAUCUCUUGGAGAUUUUUUAGCAUGCUGUUCGAUUGAAAGAGUCUCUAUUUAUGAUUCUAAGAAUCAUUAGAAGCACCAAAAUGGUCAAGACUGCUACCUGGUUAUAUAGGUUUACUAUUGGUGAGGUUCUUGCGGUAAAGUAAAGGAAUAUUUGCUGGUAGAUGGAUAUCGAUUAACUGCAAUGACAUUUUGUGAAGAGGUUACAGAUCAGAACCUUGAUGUUUGGGCAAACUCGCUAGCAUCUGUGCCUGAUGCCUUGUGCCAUUACUAUUAUCAGUACCUGUCUUCAAGUUCGGAAGCUGCUGAGGGAAUCUUAUGCAUUGGCUUUCUCAAACGUUCUCGCCAGCAAAAGGAAAUUACAAGGGAACAAGCAGUUCAAGAUCUGGAGAGAAUAAGAGAAGAACUUGAACAAUUGCUGUUAGCAGAAAGGGUAUGAGAGAAUGUGGUUGAUUAAGUCAAAUGGAGAAAGGGACAUCAUGUCUUUGUUGUGUGCAAGUGUUUUCUCCCUGAGACAGGCAAGGAACCUGACAUCAAGAAUGGUUCAACUUAAAGAUGCUUCCUUGUACUCAUUCUCAUCCUCUGUAUAUUUUCCGAUCUUUCUUCAAGUAGGAUAUUAAGAAUUUCCUGUACUAUUCUUUCUGAUUGCUUAUAAAAUAGUUUGCUCAUUAGAACCUUCAUUUUCUCUUAUCUUUUAUUUAUUUGUGUAAAUCAUUUUUCUUUGUUUAGUGACGCAACGAAUCUUUGAACAUAAUUUCUGUUGAGUUACAUAUAAAUGAUUUUUUAAAAA